CCGCUUCCGGUUAAUUUUUGUGAAUAUUUCUCUGUCCAACUUUAUAGAAAUAAACGGGUAAUCGAGCUAUUUAAAGAAAGAUGGCAGGCCAUAACGAUUUUCAAGAUAUGUAUCGUAACAAGGUGAUAUUAGCACCCAUGGUGCGUGUUGGUACAUUACCUGCGAGGCUUCUGGCCCUCAGACAUGGGGCUGAUCUUGUCUAUACAGAGGAAGUAAUUGACUUCAAGAUGAUCAACGCCACUAGGAUCAAGAAUGAAGUGAUUGGUACUAUUGAUUAUAAGACAAAAGAUGGACAGCUUGCGUUCAGAACCUGUACUUUGGAGACAAGUAAAGUUAUAUUCCAAAUGGGUACAUGUAGCCCCACUAGAGCAUUGGAAGUUGCACGGAUGGUGCAAAAUGAUGUGGCUGGCAUAGACAUCAACAUGGGAUGUCCUAAAGAAUUCUCAUUGAAGGGUGGAAUGGGAGCAGCGCUACUUCGAAAUCCAGAAAAAAUCAAAGAGAUUUUAACCACCCUUGUGAACGGACUGUCAAUUCCUGUAACAUGCAAAAUCAGAGUUCUUCCAACGUUGGAGGAAAAUAUUGAACUAGUACAAAUGAUAGAGGGCACUGGGGUAGCAGCUAUCGGUAUUCAUGGUCGUCUGACUGCGGAACGACCUCGUCAUAAAAACCGUGACCAUGUCAUCAAGCAACUGGCGGAAGCUGUAAAAAUACCAGUCAUUGCUAAUGGGGGCUCUAAAGAGAUAAAAGAGUAUGGAGAUAUUGAGAAAUUCCGUCUGAGUUGUGGGGCAUCCUCGGUGAUGAUUGCCAGGGCAGCAGAACACAACAACUCCAUAUUUAGGAAAGAAGGAAAGUUGCCACUUGAUGAUGUCAUAAAGGCUUACUUAAAGCUUGCCAUAGACUAUGACAGUUUGUUCUACAAUUGCAAGUACAACAUACAACAUAUGUUAUGUGAACUCCUAGAUAGUGAGAGAGGAAGAGAGUUCUUGGCAACAAAGACCAUGGCAGAUAUAUGUAUUAUAUGGGAUAUGCUAGAUUACUACAAUGAGGUUCAGGAACAAAUGGUUGCCAAGGAGACAAUGCUUAGAAGUCAGAAUGAGGCUGUCAUGAUACAAGCAACAAAGAAAAGGAAACUGGAGGAUGGCACAGAAAUUUUAGAAAUGCCAUUUGAGUUUGUAAAAAACUAUUACCCCGUAGAUGCUUCCCCCAAGAGUAUCCUGCAUGACCACUGUGUGAGCAACUACACUGCACCUCCUACAUAUAAAACAGUAGAUAAUGCUGAGCACUGCUUCCACUCCGUAAUGACACUAGAAGGGUGUAAAUAUGCCAGCACCAUAUGGCAUCGGUCUAAAAAGUGGGCGGAGCAAGCUGCAGCAGUUGUGUAUUUAUUGACCAAUGGGAUGCACGAUGGGAGGAAACCUUUACGUCAAUCAAAUUCUCAGGAGCCUCAAGAGAACGGCACAAAUAACAAAUGCAGUGAAAAUACAACUAUAAAUAAUUCAACUACAAACAAAUCAAAUACAAAUAAUGAUACGAAACAGUUUAAUGAUUCUGAACAGACAAGUGCAUUUGAAAAUGAUAUAUCCAAAGAGAAACAGGAAGAAAUUAGAUCUAACGAAUAAACUGUUUAGGUGUGGUGAAAUAGUUUGACUAUACAUGACAUAUUUAAACAUUGCCAUUGCAGUAUUGGUCAUCGUUAUUUCACUGCUGUAUUACCCACUCUCUGAUUGGUCCAUGUCACACACUUGAUUGGUCCUGGUCCAUGUUCCCCAAAAAUACGAAACAUUUGAUUGCUGCUAUUUAAAUGGCAUAUUCACUACAGAAUAUUUUCCAGUA